CAAGACUCCGUUAUCUUCCUAUCAGGGCCUUCUGACCUCUUCCUUUUCUUCUCGCAUGCUGCUUCCUCGUCUUCACGCUGGCUGAGUCGAUUCAGCUCCAGGAUAUUUCGAGGAUGGCACCGGACCGGGGAUCCGCAUCGUUGGAAAAUGAAAGAGCAGGGCACAGUGAAGAGACGGAUGAUCAUGCGCUCGGCCGUAGUACGACGGGUGCCCGCAGGUAUCUGGCUGAGCAGGCGGACCAGCCGCAGAAUUUCACGCUUCGGGGUGUCCUGGUGGGCUUGGCGAUUGGUGUUGUGAUAUGUUUUUCUAACAUGUACUUUGGGUUGCAGACGGGUUGGGUUUCCGGUAUGGCUAUGCCUUCCGCUUUGAUCGGGUUUGCAUACUUCAAGGUCGUUGCGAGGACGCUCAAGUUGCCGUUCACGCCGGUGGAGAACGUUUUGGUUCAAUCAGUUGCUGGAUCGGUCGGCACCAUGCCUCUCGGAUGCGGGUUUGUUGGCGUAAUUCCUGCGCUCAACUACCUGUUGACACCCGAAGAGAACGGACCUCUGGAUAUCAGUUUGUGGAAACUGAUAGUGUGGUCUGUUGGCAUAUGCUUCUUUGGAGUAGUGUUUGCAGUGCCCUUGCGGAAAGAGAUGAUCAUCAGAGAGAAGCUGAAGUUCCCUAGUGGUACUGCGACUGCGCUUCUAAUCAGAGUGCUACAUGGGGAUGAGAAAUCAAAGACGAUGAUGGCCCGUGAAGGAGUUCAGGACGGAGGCGAUCGGUCCGGCGAUGAAGAGACGCAGGGCUUAUUGCAAGGCUCAAGCGCGCAGCGAGAAGAGCAUGACCUCAGGCCGUCCAUGGACGACAGCAUGAAGGACCCAGAUCAAGAGCUCGGAGAAGACGGAGACUGGAAAACGAAGAUCAGGCUACUGCUCAUCUCUUUCGGCGGAUCCGCAUUAUACACCGUUGUAUCGUACUUUCUUCCGCAGCUUCACGACAUACCCAUUUUCGGUCUUUCUAUGGCGCAGAACUGGCUCUGGACUUUGAACCCAUCACCUGCGUAUGUGGGCCAGGGUAUCAUUAUGGGACCCGCUACAACCCUUCAUAUGCUCCUCGGUGCUAUCAUAGGCUGGGGCAUCCUCUCGCCUCUCGCGAAGCACAAGGAGUGGGCUCCAGGGCCAGUGUCAGACUGGACAAAUGGCUCAAAAGGCUGGAUCGUUUGGAUCUCUCUCGCCAUCAUGUUGGCCGAUUCUCUCGUCAGCUUAGGCUGGCUUCUUCUACGCCCGGUCGUUACGAUUGCCAGAGCCUAUUAUCCCACUGCCAAAGAGAACUUCCAGUCACAUACUUGGAAGGAGAUAUUCACUCUCAACAUUACGUCUAAACCACAGUAUACUCAGCUCAGCGAUGGGACAUCCGUCAAUCCCUUAGAAGCAAUCAAGCAGCACCUGGCUGAAGGCAACGAGCCUGACGCGCCACCUGAGCACCUUGUCUCGAACCGCACCACCAUCAUCGGUCUUAUUGCGUCAUUAGUCCUUUGCGUUAUCGCAGUCCACGUGUCGUUCCCCAACCUCAUCCCCUUUCGCCUUACGUUACUUUCGUUGGUACUCGCGCUCCUCCUGUCCGUCAUGGGCGUACGCGCACUUGGAGAAACCGAUCUCAAUCCCGUUUCCGGUAUCUCCAAGCUCACGCAGCUCGUCUUCGCGCUCGUCACCCCAACUACCGGACCGGGUGCUAAGAACGCCGUUAUCAUCAACCUUGUUGCGGGCGCCAUCUCCGAGUCCGCGGCACUACAAGCAGGCGACCUGUUGCAGGAUUUGAAAUGUGGCCAUCUUCUCGGCGCUGCGCCGAAUGCGCAAUUCUGGGGUCAGAUGAUUGGGUCUGCAGUUGGCGCUGUGUUAUCUGCUGUCGUAUAUAAGCUCUACACCAACGUAUACACCAUUCCUGGUGGCCUGUUCGAGGUGCCGACGGGAUACGUGUGGGUCUUCACCGCACGAUUAGUGACAGGGAAGGGUCUACCGCCCAUGGUUAAGGAAUGGGCUAGUGGAGCGGCUGUCAUUUUCGCCGUGGGUACAAUGAUUAGGGUUUGGGGUAACAACAGAAAGCAGAGGGGUCUUAGUGGCUGGUGGAUAGACUUCGUACCUGGUGGGAUUGCUGUCGCUGUUGGUAUGUACAACACGCCUUCUUUUACAUUAGCGCGUACAAUCGGCGGCCUGCUCAGUCUAUGGUGGCGGCGCUGGAAGGGACGGAGCGAGACGCCUAUUAUUGUGCUCGCGAGUGGGUUGAUUCUCGGCGAGGGACUGUUCAGUAUCGUGAACUUGUUGCUGGCUAGUCUGAAGGUACCUCAUCUGUAAGGCGCGUAUCAACCUAAUCAAAUCAGCUGGCGCAUGAUGUCGCUUGGUGUCCUUGAACACAUCAUGCAUAUCGAAGUGAGUAUGUUCCACGAUCUUGCCUCUUCAGCUUUACAUUUCCUAAAUCUCAG